CAAAACAAGCCGCCGGAGAGGAAGGAGCGGUGGGCUGUUGAGCGGGCGACACACGCCGCUCUCCUGUUUCUCCAUCGCCGGGUGCUUGAGCGGUCCGUCGCGAAAACCCCCCGACCACCCACCCAGUCGCGACACCGCCGCACACUGCUGCUGCUUACAAAACCGGCUUUCCGUCGUGUCCCCAUCCUCGGCAGUGGAAGAAAAAAAAAGCGUCCCUCUCUUCUCUUCUUCACCAAGUGGUCUUGCUAGGAGCGUCCUACUACUGCAACCAAGAGCGCCAUGCUACCAGUGAUCCUCAUCGGUAUCAUCACUCUGCUGUGUGUUCAGGCAUGCGAGCACGAUCCAAAGGUUUCCGUGGAGGUCUUCUACGAGACCUACUGUCCGGACAGCAGGAACUUCGUCCUUGAGCAGCUCAACUCCACGUUUGCCGAGCUCCCGAACAUCAUGCAGCUUCAGCUCGUCCCAUACGGAAAGGCAUCUAGGAGAGAACUGCCAAACAAGUGGUACACUUUCGACUGCCAGCACGGAGACAAAGAAUGCUACGGUAAUCUGCUGCAGACAUGUGUAAUCAAGUACUACCCAGAGCCAAGUCAACACUUGCCCCUCGUCGUAUGCAUGUUUUCGUCCAGAAAUCCAAACCGGGCUUAUGAAUCGUGCGCCAAGAAGCAGGGUUUCGACCUCACGGCUCUGCAGAAGUGCAUCAGCGGCAAAGAGGGCAACGACCUCCAGCUGAGAUUCGCCGAGUGGACUGAGAGCGUCAACAGCAAGGGCCGGCUCGACUUUGUUCCCUGGAUUCGCAUGAACGGAAAGGACAAGAUGUAUGACGCAUUCACCAGCUUCAAGAGGACGCUGUGCGAGGAGUACAGAAGCAUGGUCAACACACUGUGCACAGGGGACACCCCGACGACGCAACCAAUUGAAAUUCCACAGGCCUGUAAGGUAGCCCUUUCCUAGGAGCAAUGCCACACCAUGCUGAAACUGCAAAGACUGUUCAUCAUACCGUUGAGCAUCUAAAAACAAAACGACCUUCCUGUUCUUUCUAGCCUGGAUCUUUUGCAUCGCCAGUGGGACCAGUGUGAACAACUAUUUUUGGACCGUGUUGUGACGUCAUCGCUCUAUUUCUUUUAUAUGUAUACGAUGCCUUUCUUUUACGUGUAUGUACUUUUUCUUUGCGAAUGCUAUGCACUCGCGUAAGGUGUCCUUGUACAUCAGGUUCACAUAUAUUCUUCAGUCGCACAUUUUCGAGCAAGAGCACUGUCUGCGGUGCAUCAGAAAGCUCGACCUGUUAAAGACUUUCCGUCAACUGACAUUCCUGACUGCAUCAAACGCACAACAAGAUCACUAAGUACUGAUGAAAAACAACAUCACUACCUUUUGUAAAAAGGGUUUCGAAGCAUUCCAUGCACAUCUAGUUAACGACCUACAUAUCGGAAGCUCAAUCAACAGUGCAGAGCAAGCUAUGCUACAAGCUCCCUUUAUAUUGAAAAACGAAUGAUUACGUUCUUGUUUCGAGCAUUAUUCUCAAGUACAUGAAAUGGUAGAUUUAUAUUAAAUGUAUAUAACCUCCAUUAUUUACUUCUAAACACGAACAAGCACGUACAAGACCAUUUUCAAUGUGGAUGCAACUAGGCUUACAUAAAACACCCAUGUUAUGUUGUGGCAGUGACUUAACGUGUGUCAAUUUACCUGUGAAUAGCCAUGUGAAAACACAUUGCUCCUGUGAUGUUACAAGACUUUCGAAGGAUCUGUACGCGCAUAGACCCACAUUUGCCGGCAAUAUGACUUUCUGUGCAUGUGCACUUCCUUCACCUAGUGUUCAAACUGUUCACAAUUGAGUGUGUCCGACUGCGCACCGAGAUUUCAGAAGCUAUAUUAUUUACAAAGCUGUAUUGCUUUCCAACAAAGGAUGUACAGCAGCUACAUGUUUUACCAGGGUGAUCUCAAUGUAUACAUUACAGGCCUCUCGAUUUUAAUAUCCUUGUUUAUAUUUGACAUAACGGCACUGUUGCCCAUUGCUUAGCUGAGUCCAUGUAGUAGUAACGAUUCUGCUUCUUGAAAAAGAUACCGUCCUAAUAAAUGACUAUCACCAUAAAGACGCACACAUCAGUUACAUUAUAACCUUUAUUUUAAAGCUCAUGUGAAUGUGAACUAUUGGAACGGACUCAUUUUUACGAAUGCAUUGUUUCAAGGCCUCGCCCCUUUUGUGGCCUCACUUCUUAGUUGUUAGCGACUAACGCUUCCAGUGCUUUUCAAAGUAGGUACAAUUUGUCUCAAUGUGCUGGCACAGCUUCCAGAUGACAGCACUACUGAACAACACACGAGCGUGGUCAUAGUACUUUGCACAGGCUGCAAAAAAUUGUAUUCACAAAAGAAAUUUCAGAGUCGCAAGUGAUAAGUUCAGCGUUUCCUUUCCUUUUGUAUGGGGUGCCAUGCACGAAAACUUCAUGCACGUAAUUUGUACAGACUGGAAGGUGUGUUGUCAGUUGCUGUGAUUGUACUCAAAGUAGCUUCGUGCAGCUGUUCAUUUUCCAUUUUACCAUUCUUUAGGUAGUCUUCGAUGCAACCAUGCCAGCAUCGAACAGGACUUUGUGUAAUGAACAAAUCAAAUGAACAACAAUAUCGAACGUGUGCCCAUCAAAACUGUGGCACGCAACGUGUGAUUGCAAGAACGAAUAAAGCUGUUUCUACCCUCCCUUUG